AUGGCUGAGCCCGGCUCUGAGGCUUCCUCUGAGGAAAGCCUGGGCACCACGGAGCCCACGGAAGCCGCCCCGAAAAGCCCGAAGCAGAAGCAGCCAAGGCGCCGCCGCCGCCGCCACCGCCGCCGCCGCCACUGCCUCGACAGUUUCGCCACCUAUUUCCCCAGGGUUCUGAGGCAGGUUCACGAGGGCCUGAGCCUGUCUCAGGAGGCCGUGAGCGUCCUGGAUUCGUUCGCGAAGGACAUCUUCGAGCGCAUCGCCGGCGAGGCCGCGCUCCUGGCCCGCUCCACCAAGCGCUCCACCAUCUCGUCCAGAGAGAUCCAGACCGCCGUGCGCCUGCUGCUGCCGGGGGACCUUGCCAAGCACGCCGUGGCCGAGGGCACCAAGGCCCUCAUCAGAUACAUCAGCCGCCGCUGA